AUGGGGCUGUUACUGCUUAAAGCCCAUUCACCUUGUGAAGAGAAGGCGCUCUCUCAGGUGCUUAUCAAGAGUGGUAGUGGAAGUGGGGAGAAAACAAUUGUGCCUCAAAAUGUGCCAUAUAUGGUACCUAUCAUAAGGUACCAUGAGACUGACAGCGCCAUAUACCUCGUGCUCAAAUUUAUUAGUGGUGGUAAAUUAUGGAGUCACAUUGGUAAAUAUGUGUCAGAAACAAAUCCAGGGCAUGGAGAAUUGUUUGACAUAACAAGGGAAAAUACUUAUGCUGGCCACCGCUUUUUACUGGAAAAUACAGACUGUGAUGGCCUAGCUGUCGAUGGCUUAUCCCUAUGUGAGACUCCAUCUAUGAUAUCCAACAUUUCCUCACAACAGUCUUGCCCUUUGCCGCCUCCGUCUAAUAACCUCCUCAGUGUGCCUGAUAAUGGUUCAGUUGAUGGAUGCUCUACUUGUUCUGAGGCAUCUUCGUCUUGUUUGCCAGAUGGUUAUUUGCCAAUAUUUUCUGAUUACACUCCCAGUUUACCGUCCUCUUCUUCCAUGGUUGUUAUUCCCCGUGCUGGGAAUGAUGCAAAUCAGGAUGGUGAUUCAGUGCCAAAAUCUAGUAGCACAGGAGCUUUAACUUUGGAAUCGACAUGCACCGAAGAAGUUCCACAUAAGGAUAGAGAUAAAGUAAAAGAUGCCAAGUUAUCAACAGCUGAAGAGAGAGACAUCAUUGGUGGUGCCGUUGUGAAAUUCGUAAUACUACUGAAGUUUAAUGGAGACAGUGUUAGUAUUGGAAGUGACACUCUUUCCGGUGUUAGCGAAGAUUUUAGUUGUUCUUUGCCCCCUAAUGUUCCUGAUCUGCUGCCUGACCCCAUACCAUUACCAGAAGUCAAGAUAACAUUUGAUGCGGUAGAGGCUGAUGAAUCAUACUUGAAAAAUGAGGAGAAAAAUUAUGAUCAUAACUUCCAAACAGAAGGACAUGGUCACAUCAGCUCAGGUAAAGAGACUGUGAUUGAGGAAGUUCCAUGUUAUUUAAGUGAUAUUGGUGCAGAUGUCCAGUGUGAUAGUUUAUACAGAUUAUGUGAUAAUGUAGAGGUUAGUUCAGAUACUGGGAAAGGGGACUUGGACGGCAGUCCAGACACUCACCUAAAGGUUGAUGAGGACAAAGAUGAUAUUAGUGUGACAGACACAUCUUUUGCAAGUGUAACUUUACCAUCAUUUUCAUGGACAAAAAAAGAAGACUCUGAGUUGGCUUCCCUUGAUAUAGAAGACUUGAUAAGAAACUCGAAAAUGUUGUUACAAAAUGUUGAUCAUACAUUGCAGCAGAGUAAAACCCAGAGUGUUUUAGCAUUCAAUGAUUCAGAUGACAGUGUGUCUGUUGAGCAUUCUGAACUUCCUUAUGAUGGUGCAAAUGCAGCUCCUGAUCAACAAGAUACAUUUUUCCUGUUAUUUUGUUUGGAAAGUCUUGAAUGGGACCUUAGUAAGUUCAUAAAGAAGCCAGUGAUUGUUAACCACAAUGCUACUGCAUAUGCAUUAUUGAUUAGGCUGGUCAAAGACUUUAAUCCGGACAAUGUUUUGUUGGAUGAAGGUGGCAGUAUCCUCUUGACUUAUGAAAGCCGCUGGUCAUGUGUACAGCAUGACAUUCGAGGAGGCAAAGGUUGGAAAAUAAUGGAUGGGGAGGUAUUUCAUUUAUGGAAAGGUUACUUGGCCCCAGAGCUUGAAUCUCCACUAACAUAUCCAAGUGCUGCUUCUGACUGGUGGUCUGUAGGAGCACUAAUGUAUCAUAUGUUGACUGGUCAGAGUGUUUCAGCUGCACAUCCCUGUGGUGUCACAUCUCAUACAGAACUUUUCAUGCCAUCUCACCUGUCUCCUGAGGCAGCAUCCCUUCUCUCUCAGUUGUUGUGUGCCCACCCAACAGAAAGGCUUGGAGGUGGUAUUGCAGGACCACAGGAGAUCAAAGACCAUGCCUUCUUCACUGGCAUACAGUGGACUGAAUGAAAAUUUUCCCUACAUACGUGACUGAAUAGGAGAGAAUCAUGUUUGUGAAAAUUUGAUGGUCAGUAAGUCAUGGUUAAAGUUUUCAUGGUUUAUUCCUUCUCACAC